CGAUCCGAGAUCUGAUACUUUUGGACUAACAUCUUAUUUGUUUACGUUUUUAAAUGAAAUUUUUUUUUAUUUUUUCCGUUGAUUUUUAAUUAUCUUCAUUAAUUAGUUGAUUACCGGUUUUUAAUUAAGUCUACUGGUUGAUUACUUGGGAUAGUUAACGAAACAAUUGAUGGAUUAAUCGUCUCGAUGAGUAUGUUCACUAUUCCCAAAUGGCUUUUAGUUUGGCCCGAUUGAUCAAGAGCUUAUCCUCACAACGGAUAAUUUUCUGCCAAUCUAAUCACUUGUCACUUAAAUUGUUAAGAGGAAACAAUCAACAAUCAAUCCGUUAUUUAACCUCAAAGUUUACAAUUAGCAAUAGAUUACCAACUAGAAAUUUAAAUAUUUACCAAAAUUUAAAUAAAUCAAUUUCCAUUCAUCGUAAUUUUAAUAAUCUAUCAUCACGAAAACAAGCUGAUCAAUGGAACUCUUGUGGCCUGAGACACUUUCGUACGACCUCCAGUCGUCAUGUUCCUGCCAUUGUUUGGGUUAUACUCCGACCACUUGGUAAAUUAGCGGCAAUUCUUAUGGGCCGAUCUAUACGCAAAUGGUACAGUGCCUUACCACCCAAUAAGAAGCAAUUAAUUAAACAAUGGUUAAUGUCCAACGCGGAAAAGAUUGGCCUUAUUUUCGCUGCCAUUGUAAUCAUAGCUUUCGCAUUUUAUCAAACUCAUAUACAAGAAACUCCAGUAACAAAGCGGCAACGGUUCAUCCUCUUCACUGAAGAUCAGUUUGGAUCGAUAGCCGAUAUCGAAUUUCAAAGUUCAUUAGCUGUUUAUAAAGACAAAUUAUUUCCCGCCAAUCAUCCGAUCUGUCGUCGUAUUGAACGGGUCGCCAUGAGAAUUUUAAAUGCUAAUCAAGAUAUUAAACAAAUUUUCACCAAAAAUUGGACUGUAACCGUUGUCGAUGCCCCGGAGAUAAAAAAUGCUUUCGUUACUCCAACAGGACAAAUCUUUGUUUUCUCCGGUAUUCUAAAUAUCUGUCAAAACGAUGAUCAAUUAGGUGUUAUUUUAGCUCACGAAAUGGCUCAUUCUAUUUGUGGACAUGCUGCUGAACUAUUGAGUUACACUUCGUGGAUCGAUUUCAUUGCGAUGAUCGGUAUCGCUCUGAUUUGGGCUCUUCCAUAUUCAGAUUUCCUGGCUGCCGCUUUUCAUUAUAUUCUUGCAAAAAUAACAAAUUUAACUUUAACACUUCCUUAUAAUCGUAAAAUAGAAUCAGAAGCCGAUCAGGUUGGCCUUACAAUGGCCGCAAAAGCUUGUUUUGAUGUUCGUGAGUUUGUUGCCUUCUGGAGACGAAUGGGUUUGUAUGAGACUAUGGACUUGGGACUACCUCCCGAAAUUGAUGUCAUAAAGAAUGUUGAAUUUCUGUCUACUCAUCCAGCUCAUUAUUCCAGAGCUGAAUCCCUUGAAUCCCAAAUUGAUGAAGCGAUUAAGUUACGAUCUUCCUGUAAAUGUCCACGAUUACCUUUCAUCGAUCCAAGAAUCAUCCUAGAAAAUGAAGUUAAAGCUUAUGAAGCUAAAAUGCAACAAGAGAAGUUGAAAAAUUUAAUUGUCCUUCAAGUUAAACCACCGGCAACAUGAUCGUAUCUAAAAUAGAUUUAUGUAUAAAUAUUAACAUUAAUGAUAGUUUAUAUGCUCACCUUAACUAAUUGAGAUCUCAACAAUUACUGUCAGUCAAUAAUAUCAAAAGGCCGUUAAUUUUAUCAAAAAUCAAUAUAAUUUAACUUUUGAUAUUAUUUACCAACAAUCAACUUGAAAUCAAAAUGUUAAAAUGAAUGAAUCAUGUUUUGUAUCAUGAAUUAUGAUGUACCUUUUUUUCCCAAUGAUACAUUAAAUUAUUAGAAUCAUCAGUUGAUUGCUCUCGACUA